AUGUGGCUGUUUUUUCUCGUGCUCUGUGUCAGCCUCGGUUUGUUAUGGGUUUACAGGCAUUUCAUGCGCCGUUACCAGUUCUGGGCAGAAUUAAACGUUCCCUAUCUGGAGCCAACAUUCCCGGUUGGAAAUGUUGGUGACACACUGAAACCGACCAUUCAUUUUGCACAUAUCGUCGACCGACUUUACCGACAGCUUAAGCAUCGAGGCGAUUACGUUGGCAUCUAUUUCUUCCGCGAUCCUGUGCUGCUGGUUCUGUCGCCGGAAUUCGCUCGAUCGGUGCUGGUGAAGGAUUUUAAUUGUUUUAUCGAUCGAGGUGUAUACAGCAAUGCGGAGGUUGAUCCCUUGUCUGCCAAUCUGUUUUUCAUGGAAGGUCAACGAUGGCGCGAACUGCGGGCAAAACUCACGCCGACGUUCACGUCUGGCAAGCUUAAAGCUAUGUUCCACACGAUAGUAGAUGUGGGGACAAAACUGGAUCAGUACAUGGAGGAAAAAUGCACCGGAGCGCAACUUAUCGAUAUCAAAGAGCUGCUGGCACGCUUCCUAACAGAUGUUAUUGGCUCCUGUGCGUUUGGAAUCGAGUGUAAUAGCUUGAAAAAUCCGCAAUCUGAGUUCCGGCAGAUGGGAAAACGAAUGAUUAAUCUACCAAAGCUAAAGGCACUCAAGGUGUUCUUUGCGAUGAUGUUCCGGAAACAAGCGAGGUCUCUCGGAGUGCGAUUUAACGACAAAGACGUUUCGGAUUUCUUCAUUUCUGUCGUCCAUGACACGAUCCGAUACCGAGAGAAAAAUGCUAUUCGAAGGGAUGAUUUCAUGCAGCUGCUAAUCGAUAUGAUGAAAAAGAAUGGAGUGACCGAAGGCGAAGGUGUCACCUUUGAGGAAAUUGCUGCCCAAGCGUUUGUGUUUUUCUUUGCCGGAUUCGAAACGUCUACCACCACGAUGACUUGUGCCUUACAUUUGAUGGCAAAGCACCCUGAAGUACAGCAGAAAGCACGGCAAUGCGUAAAGGAUGUGCUCGAGAAGCAUAACGAUGAGCUUUCAUACGAUGCUGUUAUGGACAUGGAAUACCUGGGGUGUAUUAUCAAUGAAACCCUCCGUAUGUACCCUCCGGUGGCCUCACUGCAUCGCAUGACAACGCAGGCUUACCGGCUUCCGAACGGAGCUAUUUUACCCGAAGGAAUUGGGGUGAUUAUUUCAAAUUUGGCCUUUCAUUACGAUCCCGAAUUUUUUCCUGACCCAGAAGCCUUCAAACCGGAACGAUUUGCGGAUAAAAACGAAUCGAAAAAUAACUUCAGCUAUCUUCCUUUCGGUGAAGGCCCGAGGAUAUGUAUAGGAAUGCGAUUUGGAUUACUUCAAACGCGUCUCGGAUUGGCAAUGUUGUUACGGAACUACAACUUUACUAUGGACUCGUGCGAAGCACAGCGUCCUUUGCGUAUCGACCCUAUCAAUCUAUUGCAUGGUCCAGCCGGCGAUGUUUGGUUGAACGUGGAACGCCUUACGAAGCCUUAAGACAAAGAUGGCAAAUCAUAAUAUUUUGCAACCUCUUUUGUACCU